UGUGGCAACAUGCAGGACGAUUCGCGGCUCUUCGUCUUUGUGCUGAAGGGCGAGCUCGCCGAGCAGCUGCGCACUGAUGUGGCCUUGUACCCCAGCUAUGAGGACUGUGGGACGGUGGAGAAGAGGAUCAAGGAAUUCAUCGAGUCGCUCUUCAUCGUGCUCGAGUCCGAGCUCCUGGACAGGGCCACCAACAAUUUUAGGGACAAGAUCCCCCUCCUCUGCAUCCCAUUUGAGAAUAAGGACUUGGUGGGACUGGACACAGACAGCAGAUCGUUUUGGUUACUGAGACCCUCGAAUUCCCAUAUGAAUUAUAACAGCAGCUAAUCAGUUUUUGCAGAGGAGCCCGCUGGGAUUGUGAUCGAGACCACGUAGAAUAUACGGAUCACUCUGGGGAGCACUGCCAUUCCAAGAGCACUGUCUUCUGAUCCAGCAAUGUACGUGGCGUGUCUGUCCAGGUGCCCUCACAUCCAGUGGCAUCCAUCUAGACACCAACACUGACACUGGCCAUGCUCAGAACUGCCUCAGCCCUGAAGACACAAGUGACAAAUAGAAGGGGGCCACGCCCUGUGCCAGCAGGUGCUCUCACUUUGUGGGUCCUUAUGUAACUGCGCGGUGUUAAUCAGGAUCGCCCGUUCUACAUUGUGUGGCGCUGCUGCCGUGUCUCCUAGUUAUUUGUUUCUGAGAAUUACGGCCUGCUGCUAGAGUGUUUGAUCAGGAUAAAUGAUUUGUUUCUAUAAGAUGCCACGUACAGUCACAAGCUCAGUGAGAAAUGGGCUGUCACCUCUUCAUCUGCAACUCAGUGCUCAACAGGACAUCGGGGCAAAGCCAGUCCGUAAUUUGUUUGUGAUGCAACUGUCCACGUGGGUCAAAUCAUGGUGCCCCUCUAAAACCUCCAAAAAAAAAAACAAAGUUGAUUCUGUAUUUUGCAACAUGCCAUCUCUACAUAAGUGCAGAAGAGUUAACAUCGUGAAAGAUCAGAGCCCGGAGAAUAGGCUCUCCUGGAUAUUUCAGGCUAAAGGCAACUUUCUUUUACAAAAGGAUCUGAGGAGCAGGAGCAAGGAACGCAGGGAGAGAUCCAGGAAGACAUCUGACUGUGUUAAGAGACGACAGUCACAGCCACACGGGGAGCGAGGACACUUGCAGCAAAGUAAAAUGACUUCACAACUAUUGCAUCAGAGCUGCCAGUGUGAGAGAGCCUAAGCCUGUCUCAGAGUGCAGGGGACAAGCAGAAAGGAAUGUGUAAGAAUGCUGGUGACUGAGUUAGAAGCAUGCUUCAAAGCUGUCCGUGUCCUUGCCAUCCAGAAGCAGAGC